AUGUUCAUCCUAACAAAAAUCGCGGAUCUGGUGCAAAUCCCACCGUCGCAGUUCGAGCAGCACAGUCGCAUCGCCAUCGAGAACAACAUCAACGCCAAGUACUCCAACAGAGUCAUCCAGAAGAUCGGCCUUUGCAUCUGCAUGUUCGACCUGCUGUGGGCGUCUGAGGGACUGAUCGGUCAUGGCACGGGCCUUGUGAAUGUCAAUGUCGAGUUUCGCAUGAUUGUCUUCAGACCUUUCAAGGGCGAGACACUGUUCGGCCGCAUCAGCAGCUCUACCCCGGAAGGCCUCAACAUUCGCACCGAGUUCUUUGAAGAUAUCUUCGUCCCCUACAAAGAGCUGCCCGAGAGCACCGAGUUCGACCAUAACGAACAGUCCUGGAUCUGGGUACUGGAGGAUGAUGAGAGAAUGCAUUAUGAUAAGAACGAAAUGGUUCGCUUCCAAGUCAUCGACGAGGUGUGGAAUGAUCAGAUGCCCGAGACUGUGGAAGAUGAGGAUAUGGAGAACGCUAAAAAGGUUUCUCCCUACAGCAUCCAAGGCACCAUGAUGAAAGAAGGACUCGGGGUGUGCCUGUGGUGGGACUGA